GAUACCUUGAUCUUGAAUGGUGUUAGUUCUUGUGAAUUCUUGAUAUCAAUUAUAUAAAGAAACUCAUAUUAUAUCCAGUUGCAAUACUAACAGCACUUUUCAAUUUUAAACUAUCUCGAGUUUGCAUAAUGAAUGCUAUUGAAGAUCCAGAUAUUGUUCACUUGUAUACGAAAAUACGCAAUAAUCCACACUACUUGGAAGUCCCCAGUGAGAUGCCAUUCGUGGAGUCACCUCUUCAUACUGCUGCUUCACAAGGCCGUACUAGCCUUGCUCUUGAAAUCUUGAGGCUAAAGCCUUUGUUGGGGAAGAAAUUGAACCUCGAUGGUCUUAGUCCAUUGCACUUGGCUUUGAGUAAUGGGCACACCAACACUGUGAGACGACUCGUCAAGCAUAAUCCGGUCCUCAUUCGUGUCCCAGGGAGGGAAGGGAUCACACUUUUACAUUACGCAGUGGAAAAGGAGGACAUCGAUCUUUUGAUUUAUUUUCUUCUCAUUUGUCCAUCCUCAAUAAAUGACAUGACCGUUCGAGAUGAGACUGUUGUUCAUAUUGCUGUAAGAAAUGAAAAUCUGAGAGCUUUUAAGGUUUUACUUGGUUGGGCUGGAAGGACCCUUAAUACGACAGUGCUUCCCUGGAGAAACGAGGAAGGCAAUACCGUGAUGCAUCUUGCAGCAUUAACAAACCAAUCGCAGGUUAUAAAGUCAUUAAUCCGGUAUGUGCAUGUGAAUGAGAAGAACUUAGAAGGUAAGACGGCAUUGGAUAUACUGAAUCCUGAAAAUGUAGAAGCAAGGAAAAUUUUAAUAAGCGCAGGAGCAAAAAAAGGUUCAUCACUUGUCGAUGAUGCGACCAGUUGUGAAAAUUAUUUGAAGUCAACUAUGACGAGGAAAGAAUCGUUAUUCCUAUUUGGUGCUUACCUGGAUUAUGGCUUGUCAGGAAAUAUGCGAAACGCUUUCCUAGUGGUAGUUGUGCUUAUUGCAACUGCUGCUUUUCAAGCUGCUCUCACUCCCCCUUUUUGGAUUUCUCACAAUGGUACCACUCCUGUUUUUCCCAGCAUCACAUCUGUUUAUAAUGAAACUACUUCAACCAAUUCAACAAGCACCAACUUCGGCGAAAAUACCCCACUGAUUGCAAAAACAAGUGUAAUUAUGAACACGAUAGCCUUUAGUCUUGCAAUGGGAACGUGUACAAUACUUACAAAUGCUCCACUUCGAUGA